AUGUCCAACCUCUUCAAGAUCGCCCUGCGCGGCAUCGCGCUCGUCUGGACGCUGCUCAUCACGGCCCUCAUCGGAAAUGUCAUCGCCUCCAAUGUCAACGGCCACAUGGUCACUGUUAACUUCACGAUGUUCGUCGCCGCUCUGUCAUGGGUUGCGCUCCUCUACGGCUUGUUCGCAGUCUUCGUCGAGAGCAUCGCCAUCCCCUCGGCUCUCCUCAUUCUCGACGGCCUGGCCACCUUGUUCACCUUCAUCUGCGCCAUCGUGCUGGCCGCUGAGCUGCGCGCGCCCAACUGCGGCAACAUUUCUGGCCAGCACUUGCCCAACGACUGGAUCGGCUUCGGUUCUCACCACAACGAGAGGAGGUGCCGUGAGAUUCAGGCCAGCACUGCCUUCAUGUGGUUCCUCUGGGCUUGUUUCUCUUUGAUCCUCUUCAUUACCUGGAGAGAUGCUAGGAGCAGCGGCUUCACCGGGUCCUCGCGAUUUUCCCGAUCUACGCGCUCUUCUCGACCUGCCAUGUCCCAGGUUGGGUCUGCUGUUUAA